AUGACCCAUCGCAAAAGACUUUAUAUACUGGCCAUAUCGGUCUUUUUUCUAAAUAGUGGCGCCGCGCUCUGUUCAACAGUGAUGAAUGACCAGAAUACUCCAUAUUAUAACAGGUUUAAAGACUACUAUUCAGAGAAUGUCAAGGAAUCACAAAUGGGCGGAAUCGUGGACGAAAAGAGCUCUGAACCUAAUUUUGACUACGAUGUAGACCGACAGGAUAUAUUUAGUCUACCGCAGCUUGUUUCCCAGGCGGAAACAGUCCAUUCGAAGCUUAAAUUGAUCUUAUCGGACUACUACUUUAGAAUAUAUCGCGUAAAUUUGGACUCAAAGUGCUCUUCGAGACCACGCUCAAACUCUUGCUCCUCACAAAAGAAUUUCAUAAGCCUAAACAAAGCAAACACACAGCAAAACAACACAGACAAUCAAAACGGAUCAAACUGUAACGGAAACGCCAGAGAAAACGGAUCUGGAAUACAAAAGUGUCACGUAGACCGUUGCAACUCAACAGAUAUACCAUUUAAUAUAAUGCACUCGAAAAAGGAGAAUUAUGUACUGCGAUUCUCAGAAGGAUUGGCGACCAAAAAGCUGCCAAACCUGGACUUCCCGGAGUUGUUCGGAAAGGGAGAAUCCAGCCAAGAAAAUUUUGUAUACGUGGAUUUACUGAGGAAUCCGCCGUCGUACACAGGGUACAACGGGAGAGACGAUUGGAAGGAGAUACACACGGAGAUUGGGAGGUUCGAAAACAUAUCGUGUAAGCAGAGCGCGCACAUAUAUAAGCUUAUUCUGGGGAUGGAGGCGAACAUAGAGGCGUUCUCGUCGCUGAACUACGAGUGCGUCAACCCAGUGGAGGCGUACGAAAAGCAGGUAGAGCUGCCGAGGUACCAGAGCAACUACCAGUUCUACGUCAACAAGCUUUCAAAGCGCCCGGACCGCAUCGAGAACAUCUACUACACCUACAAGUAUGUCCUCGCGGCGAUGGUGCACCUGGAGAGGUACCUCGCGUCGUACAACCUUAACCUGCAGCUGGUGAACAACCAGCUCUACCAGCACAUGGACGACUUCAUCAAGUACCUGAAUAAGCAGAGCUGCACGACGAGCUGCGACUGCAGUAAUAGUGGUAAAUCAACAAUGUUUAGCUGUGGCUCUGAGGUCUUGGAGAAGUUCGAUCGAAUCAUUCAAAUGGUUGAGUGCGUGGACUGUGAAAAAUGUAGACUUCACGGAAUGAUAAAGGUCAGCACUCUGUUGAUGGCGAUUAAGAUACUGAGCACGCCUGCGGAUAAGUUGAAUGAGUUGGAACUGGACAGAAACGACCUCGUGGCCUUGCUGCACGGGUUCAACUACUUUACACAGUCGGUGCUGAUAGUUCAGAAGUUCGAAAGGCACAAAAAGAGACAAAUCAUGCUGUAUCCCCUUAGGUUCCUCCUGGGAUUCCUGUUGGUCGUCAUUGUACUAUAUAAAAGGGAAAUUUUUUCAUUGAGACAUAAAAAGCAGUCCACCACCCCUGAAAAGGGAAAAUAA